AUCUCGCUAAGUCUCCGCAGCUCUUCUCUCUUGGCGCUCUCCAUCCGGACCCCUGGUCCCAGUCCCUAGCAGAGACAUGGAAGAAUUUUUGCAACGCGCCAAAUCUAAACUGGAUCGAAGUAAACAAUUGGAACAGGUGCAUGCAGUUAUUGGACCUAAGUCUUGUGACCUGGAUUCCCUCAUUUCUGCCUUCACAUACGCGUACUUUCUGGACAAGGUCAGCCCUCCUGGGGUCCUCUGCUUGCCAGUCCUCAAUAUCCCAAGAACUGAAUUCAGCUACUUCACAGAGACAAGGUUUAUUUUAGAAGAGCUGAACAUCUCUGAAUCGUUCCACAUAUUCCGAGAUGAGAUUAACCUGCAUCAGCUGAACGAUGAGGGGAAGCUGUCACUAACGCUCGUGGGCAGCCACGCCCUGGGGAGCGAGGACAGAACUUUGGAAUCUGCAGUUGUCAGAGUCAUUAACCCUGGAGAGCCGCGUGAUGAGGAGCUGGGGUUCCCGGAGUCUUCCUCCUCUCUGGUGCUGAAGGAGCUCCUGCGUGAGGCUCCGGAGCUCCUCACCCAGCAGCUGGCGCAUCUCCUCAGAGGCAGCAUCCUGUUUACGUGGAUGAGCAUGGACCCUGAGCUCCCAGAGAAGCAGGAGGAGAUCCUCUCCAUCCUGGAAGAACAGUUUCCCAACCUGCCUCCAAGGGAUGAUAUCAUCAGUGUGCUGCAGGAGAGCCAGCUCAGUGCUCAGGGUUUAAGUCUUGAACAAACAAUGUUGAAGGAUCUAAAGGAGCUGUCAGACGGUGAAAUAAAAGUGGCCAUCAGCACCGUGAACAUGACCCUGGAGGACUGCCUGCUUCACAGCAACAUGACCAGUGAUUUGAAAGCCUUCACAGACAAGUUCGGCUAUGAUGUCCUCAUCCUGAUCACGAGCUUCACCUCCGAGGAGCAGCGGAGGCAGCAGAUCGCUGUGUACUCCCAGAACUUGGAACUGUGCAGCCAGAUUUGCUGUGAGCUGGAAGAAAGUCAGAACCCUUGCCUGGAACUGGAGCCCUUUGAAUGUGGCUGUGAUGAAAUCCUGGUGUAUCAGCAGGAAGACCCUUCUGUGACCUGUGACCAGGUGUUUCUUCUUCUCAAGGAGGUCAUCAAUAGGAGGUGUGCAGAGAUGGUCUCUAACAGUCGGACGUCCUCAACAGAAGCUGUGGCAGGCAGUGCCCCCCUGUCACAGGGCUCUUCCGGGAUUAUGGAAUUGUAUGGAUCUGACAUAGAGCCACAGCCCAGCUCUGUGAAUUUCAUAGAAAACCCUCCAGAGCUCAACGAUUCUAACCAAGCUCAGGUGGAUGCCAACAUAGACCUUGUUAGCCCUGACAGUGGGUUGGCCACCAUCAGAAGCAGUCGUUCAUCCAAGGAGAGCUCAGUCUUCCUCAGUGAUGACAGCCCAGUGGGAGAGGGUGGUGGGCCUCACCAUAGCCUCCUUCCAGGAUUUGACUCCUACAGCCCCAUUCCUGAAGGGAUAGUUGCAGAGGAGCAUGCACGCUCUGGGGAACACAGUGAACACUUUGAUCUCUUCAACUUUGACUCAGCACCCAUAGCUUCUGAGCAGUCCCAGCCAUCUUCCCAUUCUGCAGACUACUCACCAGAAGAUGACUUCACCAACAGCGAUUCAUCAGAAGGAAACCUCUCAGCUGGGCCAAAGGGGCUUGGAGAGAUGGGGAUCAACAUGUCCAAUUAUUCUUCCAGUUCUCUUUUGUCAGAGGCUGGUAAAGACAGCCUUGUGGAAUUUGAUGAAGAGUUUGUCCAGAGACAAGAAAGCUCAGGCGAUAACUCUGAAAGAAAUUUAAGCCUGACAUGUUUUGUGGGAGAGGAACCUUCUUCCCCUGAAAGGCUGAAGAAUAUUGGAAAGAGGAUCCCACCAACACCUAUGAACAGCUUUGUUGAAAUCUCACCAUCAACUGAAGAGCCAACUCCACCCUAUCCUGAAGAUGUAAUCCAAAAUGCAAUUGACACAGGGCAUCUGGGCCCACCUCAGACCCGUGCACGGUGCAGAAGCUGGUGGGGUGGCUUGGAGAUUGAUUCAAAAAACAUUGUAGAUGUAUGGAACUCCAGUGAACAAGAAUCCGUCUUCCAGAACCCUGAACCAUGGAAAGAUCAUAAGCCUGAACCAGUUGAGCGGAGAACCUCAGACUCCACAUUCCAACCAAAGAGUCUUGGAUUCCCAAAGUCAGAUCCCUGGGAAUCUGAGUUUGGACAGCCGGAACUGGACAGCAACGACACCCAGGACCAGAAGGAGGAAAACUUGCGAUAUCAGCACUCGCCUACAGUAAGGCCACAUUUGACAGAUGCCUCUCCUCAAGGGACAAACCACCUGAUAGAGGACUUUGCUGCUUUGUGGCAUUCAGGACACUCACCCACCACAAUGCCUGAGCCCUGGGGAAAUCCCAUGGAUGCUGGCGAAGCUUCAGUUACGAGGUCCUUCCCCACCUGGGGUGCAUUUGAUAAAGAAGAUAAUGCUGACACAUUAAAAAAUACUUGGAAUCUUCAUCCCACUAACAAUGAGACACCUUCUGUGCAGGACCCAAGUGAAUGGGCUAUGGCCAAAAGAGGGUUUUCUUUCCCUGCAGCAGACCUAUUGGACAAUUCCCUCAUAGAGGUAAAUAAAGAUGCAGCUCCAGAAAUCUGGGGCAAGAACAACGGCUCCAAGGAUAACAGUCUUACAUCUGGAAGUCCCAUUUCUGAUCUGGGUCAAACAUGGAAUAAUUCUAAGCUACCAGGGAAAGACCAAAAUGGCUUGGUGGGUCCUAAAGCCACAGGGAAGACAUAUGAAAAGGAAGGAUCCUGGAACCUGUUUGAGGAGGGUGUUAAGAAAAGAGAAGCCGAUGUCUUAGCUCCUUGGGAAGAUUCCUUCUUGUCCUAUAAAUGUUCUGAUUACAGUGCAUCCAACAUAGGAGAAGAUUCAGUCCCAUCUCCAUUAGACACCAACUACUCCACCUCUGACUCUUACACAUCACCAACAUAUGCUGGAGAUGAAAAAGAGGUCGAAAACAAGCCAAUUGCUAAAGAUAAUGGUUUUGAGGCAAAAGCUACUGACUUUCCUGCAGAGGGGGUUGAGGUUCUUGCAACAUCACCACAGCAGUCACAGAGAAAUCGAAUUGGUUCUGGUCCUGGGAACCUCGACAUGUGGGCAUUGCCUCACACAGAAGAUAAGCCUGAAGGAAAUGACACACAUAACCCAGAUAAAGAUUCACUCAAGACAGAGCGCACAGAAGAUAAAAAUGCUUCCAUGGAGGAUGAUGUGCGGGAAAACAGCCCGUCCAGUUACGAAGACCCUAGCAUGAUGCAACUGUACAAUGAAGCAAACCAGCAGCUCACCCUUCUACACAGCAACACCAACUCACGCCAGACAGCCCCUGAUAGCCUUGACACAUGGAACCGAGUGAUUCUGGAGGACACGCAGUCCACUGCAACGAUCUCAGACAUGGAUAAUGACUUGGACUGGGAUGACUGCAGUGGGGGUGUGGCUAUCGGUGGUGAUGGUCAAGUAGAAGGUUAUGUAGCUGCAAAUAGUGAACCUGAAACCCGGUUCUCAGUGAAACAGCUGGAACCAUGGGGUACGGAACACCAGGAAGCAAAUCAGGUGGACUGGGAUCUCUCUGCCUCUGCGGAGUCCACAGCAGAUACUGGUCCCAGUGAAUACCAGACCCUGAAUGAGAAAAGUGGCCAGUUAAUUGCAAACAGUAUUUGGGAUUCUGUCAUGGGAGAUAAAGAUAUAUCAUCUUUCAGAUUACCAGGCCCACCAAAUACUGUAGAUUUGGAACCCAGCACUUGGCCUUCUGAAAGCCCCAGGCACUCAAUUAAUGGUAAGGAUGGUCACAUGUUAGAAGCCUCUGGACUCAGUGAGCCAGGAGACCUUACAUCUCAUCCUGACAACCAGGACACAUGGGCAGACUCCCAAGGUGACACAACAUCCUCAGCGACCAGGCUGGCAAGUCCAGAACACUUUUUACAGUCAGAUCCAUGGACAGGCCAUCCUUACAGGCAGAGUGAAAGUGAGAUUGAAGUCUGGGCAGCCUCUGAUUGUGAGCAUCUUGACAAGGAGGCAGUGGUAGGCUCUGGAGUGAAAGGUGCCCCAUGGGUUUUUGGAAAAAAUCCCAGUGACCAGGAAUUCUCUUCAUCAGAUGCGUUUGAACACCAGGAAAUCUGCGGUGCAUUAGACAAAAUCAGCUCUCUUUCAGUCACCUCCAGUCCUCAGAGUGAGGAACCAGAAGAGGCCUUGGAAGUUGAGAAGGGGCCUUACAUUCUAGACUCCCUUGCUGUGCAAACAGAGACAUCCACAAGUGAUUUGCAGACAAAAGACACCCAGGAGGAAUCUUUUAUGGAUAAUAGAAAUUUAGAUGAAGCCAAUGCAACAUUAGAUGGGAUUAAUCUAAUGAAAAAUAAGCUUCUUUCUGAAAUGGAACUUGAGAAAACUGAAGUCUGUAACAGUCUGAAGCCAGAAGGAGCACAUGGAAAACUACUUUAUGAAUCUUCUCAAAACUUUGGUGAUUGGGAUGGCCCUAUGGAUAGUGAUGUGUGGGAUAGUCAUAUAAGUUAUGAGACAGCUAUGAAUCCUACAGGUCAAAGAACUGAGGAAAGAUCUCUAGAAGCCCUUUCACCAGGAAACUAUGACAGAGACAGCCUCUCUAGUGAGUGUUCUCAUUCAAGUGCAUCAAGUCCUGGCCUAAAUGAUGCCUCUGUUGCCUUGUCCUCCUGGACCUAUGGGCCCAGUGCUGAACACCAGAAAGAGAAUCAGGAUGAUAGGAACAGACAGAUUCACCAAGAAUCAGAACUAUUUACAUCUGAAGCCCCCGUAGGAGUCAUUACUGAAAUGAAGGACUUUGCCGAAAACAGGAAGGAUGACUUUGGAAAGAUGUCUGAUCAGGAGGAGCCUCAAUUUCCAGAGAUUCCAAAUGAUCCCUUCAAUGGUGGUUCCUCAUCCUCUUCAUCCAGCCUUGGAACAGAUAAAUAUUCAGAAUAUUCUCAUGCAUAUCAGGAAGGAAAUCUAAUGACUAGAUGUCAAAAUGAUCUUGACUUUCUAGAAAUCGUGGAGUCAGAGGGUACCAGGAUCAUAUCCAUAAGCUCAGGUUCUGGCAAUGACAGUGGGGGUGACGAAGAGUUGCUAGAGAAGGAACUCCAUUUGGCCACAGUUGCUCAGAGUGAAUCUGGGGCUGGCAAUUCAUUGCAUGAACCUGAGUUCUUGGCCACAGAGCAUCCCAAGCCUGAGUUUUCCGUCUUUGUGGGUAGUUCAGAGUCAAUAGAGAAAGAGAACAAGUUAAGCCCAUUCAGUGACAGUCAACAGAGCAGCCCUGGUCAGUGGAUUUUGUCGCCACUCAUGCAGGCUGACACACAGGACACACCUAAGGAGACGGAGGCCAGAGCUGCAGAAACAGGGACAAUGAUAGAUACCGUGUGGCAUGGAUCUGCCAACACUGAGCCUAAGGAUAGAGGCCCUGACAAAUUGGAAAUGCUUGGCUUCUCAGCUGACAGCAGUGAGUGGUGGAACACUGGGGCACAAGAUGGGAGAGCAAAUGCCGGGAUGUCUGCAGAGGAGUUGUCCAACUCAGAGGGUGAGCUAGAGGCGACUUCUCCAGUAUUCCAGAAUGCAGGUCCAUGCAGCUUACCCAUUCAGAAUGAUGGGGAACCUGUGGACUCAGGCAGCACUAACCCUUUCAGUAGUAACCUAAAGUCACCCUUUCUAGAUAGUAAUGGAGACAAGUCACAGGAGAAAGUUUGGAACAUUCAACCAAAGCAGCUGGAUUCAGAUGCCAAUCAAUUCAGUCAGCUUGUAAUCCUGGACCAAAUUAAGGACAAAGAUUCUGGGCAGCAAGCAGCCAUGUCUCCUGAUGCUGGUGGCCUUCCUUCGGAAGCUCUCACCCAAGAGCAGGGCCAGGAAUCUAUGUUGUCUGUCUGGGACCAUGCAGAACCAUCGCUUACUCAGAGAGAUGAAAAUGGAUGUGUUAGCACUGGGGUGUCACCCACUGAGUGCCAAGAAGAGAACUGGUGGGAACAAGAAAAAUCCCAUCUCAGCCACAUCACACAUUCAAGCAUUCCCAUAGAAAAUCUCCCCGAGAUCAAUGCUCCCACACAACUGAUAAGGAAGUGGGACUCCAAUUGGGAUAGCCCCAGCCCCAGUGAGUCCCAACAUAAUUUUGUUCCAGAUAUUUUACAUGGCAACUUAGAAGAAGGGGGACAGCUGGCCUCAGCUUCACCUGAUUUGUGGAUGGAUGUCAAGCAACCUUUCACCUUUAAAGCAGAUAGUGAGAAUCCUGAUAUAUUGACUCACUGUGACCAUGACAGCAACUCUCAGGCAUCCAGCAGCCCUGACGUGUGUCACGAUUCUGAAGGAAAGCAAGAGAUGGAGAAGCAGACUGGCGUCUACCUGGGACCUGAAGUGGAACCCAGUGAGGUUCAUAUCAGUGAGCCAAGCAGGAAUGAUGAACCAACUCUGGAACCCGAGCAGGAAUGUCUCCCAGGCAAUUCAGAACUCCAUUCUGAACAUGCAAUGCCCUUGCCUCUGAUCAACAGUCAGCAAGACAUAAACAACUCAUCUAAGCCUGCCUCUCCAGGAAGUUCCCCAGAACCCUCUGGUGUGCAUGGAGACAACAGUACAAGUCUAACAUUGUUGGAAGAAGGGACCAGCCCAGAGGUCGAAGCAGUGAACAGGACAAUUCCAGGCACCAGAAGUGAAGACACUGACACUUUUGAAACUCACCAAGAGGUCAGUGUAGAAGUCAAUGGCUCUGAGAUGUCAAAAGACCUUUGUCCUGAAAGUCAGACAGGCACUAGAGCUGUGCUUGACUGUGAGAAUCCUUUUGCCUCUGAGAGCCCUGCUGUACUUACUGACAUCUUCCAAGCCUCAGACACCUGCCUGGAUGUAAGUGAAGCUGCCUUGGACCACAGUUUCAGUGAUGCCUCUGGCCUCAACACUUCCACAGGCACUAUAGAUGACAUGAGUAAGCUGACUCUAUCAGAAGGCCAUCCUGAAACACCAGUUGACGGGGAUGCAGGGAAGCAAGAUAUCUGUUCGUCGGAAGCUUCCUGGGGUGAUUUUGAAUAUGAUGCAAUGGGUCAGAAUAUUGAUGAAGAGCUGAUGAGAGAGCCUGAACACUUCCUCUACGGUGGUGAGCUUCCGUCAGAGGAAAGCGUGCUGAAGCAAUCACUGACACCAUACACACCCCCCUUUGAUUUGUCCUAUCUCACGGAACCUACUGGAUGCUCUGAAACUGCACAGGGAGCUGAGUCUCCUGAUGAUGCAUCUCUGGGAAGUGAAGCGGCAGAGAUGUUGCUUUCUGCUCUUCCUGACUACCAAAGAGAAGAAGACAAGGCUGAGACCAACAUCGGGAAACCUAGACACCAGAUGACCGUGUUGCAUAUUCAUGAAGACCCUGAGGCUCUUCCUUCACCUGUGGGAGGAACAGGUUCCAAUAAUGAAUCAUCUCCGGCAAACAUCGACUGGGAAAUAGAAACAGAUAAUUCGGAUUCACCAGCAGGUGGCGACAUGAAACCACCAAACGGCAAGGAGAUACUCGAGUUAGAAGAUGAGAAAGUAAUUCCCACAAAAGGGCCAGAGCAAACACAAUUAGAAAAAAAGCAGGCAGAGCAACGUGAAGACCAUCAGGUGCUAGCUGUGGAUUACAUACUUGUAAGCCAUGAAAAAGAUUCACCAUUGAAACCAGAGGCCAGGGAAUCAAAAGAAAACACACCCGAAUUGGAACAGUUAUCCAUAGGUUCCAGAGAAACAGGGCUACCAGAAACUCAGUUAGCAGGCACCCCAGACUCAUGUCAGCCUGAGUCUUUAAAUGAUGUCAAAGUUCAAUCUGCAGAGAGGAUGUCUUCCAACCGUAAGACUGCAUCUCUUGAAAACCCUGCACAAGACCAGAGUUGGAUGGUCUUGAGCCACAGUGAGGUUGGUGACCCACCUGCAGAAACCAGGGACUUGGGGCCUGGGUCUCCUGGUAGAACUGUGGAGCCGUUCUUGAGUCUCAGCUUGGACAAGGGCCCCCAGUCCCUGGUUCUGGAAAGAAAGAAGCCUCUGGACUCUUUAGCACUAGAGGAAGUUGCUGGUUUGAGCAGCCAAUCAAAGAAGAGCAAGAGACAAGGUCAAGCAGAUCUAGAUUCAGUUCCAACCUCGGCUGCCACCCACGACAAUGAAUGGGAAAUGCUUUCACCACAGCUCUCCCAGAGAAACAGGAACCCUCCACAGGAAAUGGAAGAAGAGACACAGUUCCUCGAGCCUGGUCCCAGAAAACCAAGACGAAAGGGACCCCCGUCAGAGGAUGAAGGAAUGGAUAUCCCCUUCGAGGAGGGAGUUCUGAGUCCCAGUGCCACAGACAUGAGGCCCGAACCUCCCAAUUCUCUGGAUCUCAAUGGCAGUCACCCUAGAAGGAUCAAGCUCACAGCCCCAAAUAUCAACCUCUCUCUGGACCAAAGUGAAGGAUCUAUUCUCUCCGAUGAUAACCUAGACAGUCCAGAUGAGAUUGACAUCAACGUGGAUGAACUCGAUACCCCUGACGAAGCAGAUUCCUUUGAAUACACUGGCCAUGAAGAUCCCACAGCCAACCAAAGCUCUGGUCAAGAAUCAGAGUCUAUUCCAGAAUAUACGGCUGAAGAGGAGCGAGAAGACAACCGGCUGUGGAGGACGGUGGUAAUUGGAGAGCAGGAGCAACGGAUUGACAUGAAGGUCAUUGAACCCUACAGGAGAGUCAUUUCUCAUGGAGGAUACUAUGGGGACGGUCUGAAUGCCAUCAUUGUGUUUGCUGCCUGCUUUCUGCCAGACAGCAGCCGGGCGGAUUACCACUAUGUCAUGGAAAACCUUUUCCUAUAUGUAAUAAGUACCUUAGAGCUGAUGGUAGCUGAAGACUACAUGAUCGUGUACUUAAAUGGUGCAACCCCGAGGCGGAAGAUGCCAGGGCUAGGCUGGAUGAAGAAAUGCUACCAGAUGAUUGACAGACGGUUGCGCAAGAAUUUGAAGUCGUUCAUCAUUGUCCACCCUUCUUGGUUCAUCAGAACGAUCCUGGCGGUGACGCGGCCUUUUAUAAGCUCAAAGUUCAGCAGUAAAAUUAAGUAUGUGAGUAGCCUAUCUGAGCUCGGAGGGCUGAUCCCCAUGGACUGCAUCCACAUUCCAGAGAGCAUCAUCAAGUACGAUGAAGAGAAAUCUUUUAAGAGAAGUGUGAGCAUUGACAUGAAGCUGAAAGAAACGGCAUAGCUGGCCUGCCGGAGGAGGAAUCGCUUUCUGCUUCGUGAUUUUACUGGGACGCACCUACCUGGAAGUGACAGGGAUGGUGACAUCUCCAUUUUGCACCACCUGGUGCCAUUGGAAAUUUCCAAGCAGGGAAAAAUGGAAGAGAAUUUGUUUACUGUUAACAUAUUUUAUGAAAUGUUGUGUAUUUUCCUAUUUUGCCAAUUAUGUGCCUCAAUGAUUUCAGUUGAACCUUAGUAAGAAAAUAGGACCUUCUGUUUUACUAUUAUGCUAAUCCUUGGUGCAGUGGGACUUGGUUCCUUAGACUGGUGUUUACCAAAAGCAUAGCUUAAUUCUGCUGUUAGACAGCUGUGGGUACAUUUCUGUAGGCUGACUGAAUUUCCCUGUAGAGCUUCCUCUAGAUUCAAGAUGCGCAGGGCUUGCCUUGUCCCAGGAAUGUGGCUCUCUGGAACUCUGUCUAUGAAAUGCUGAGCCUGAAUAGGACAGACAGACAGACAGACAGACAGACAUAAAAUCCUCAUCUGCUAAGGCAUCUGCCUUCUUCCUGUCCACAUUAGUCAUCUUUCCAUUUUUCAAAAGGAACCUGGGCUUUCUAAUCCAUGUAAGUUUUACUUUGUAGACCUGUAUGUAAAUUGCUCUUUUACAGCAUCAUUCCCUAAUGAUCUUGAAGAACUGCAUAUUGUGAAACAAGAUGAACUACACUUCAGGCCACAGAACAGGUUCCAACCUUUACACUGUAUGUGCCAACUUCAAGGUGGCCCAUACAGAAAUUAUUGGGUAACAUCGAAUCAUCCAAAAUUAACACUCAAUGCAUUGCCAAAGCAAUCUGCGUUAAGAAGUUUAAAAUUAAAUGCAAGUAUAUACUCGCCUGUACGAAAUAGCUUGCUUCUUGUUUUUAUAAACCCCUUACAUCGUUACGGCAAUUUCCAAUCUGUGGAAGAGGUUAGCAAGCUGUAGUGAGGCUAAGGCUCUAAGACAAGAGGAGCUGGUUUCUGCACUUAUAGUUGAAAACAAAUAUUAAUACUUAAUUGUCUGAAGCUUCUUUUACACCUUCCUCACCCAAACUGAAUAGUGACAACAGACAGUUCUCCACAAAGCCAAAACACUAUCUUUACAGAAGAAAAGAAAGAGUGUGCUGACCCCUAUGAUACCAAAUACCCAUUCCCACCCUGGCCUCCAUGCUCUGUGUCUUUAUUUAAAUGCUUUCCCUGACUGAGUGCACAGCAGUGGCUGUAAUCUCAUUUGGUUUUGCUAAAAACAUUUUUUUCUUUCAAGACAGGAUCUCAACUAUGUAGCCCUGAUUGGCCUAGAACUCACUAUAUAGACCAAGCCUGCCUCAAACUUGUGGCAAUCCUUCUGCCUCAGCCUCCCAAGUACUAUAGGCUGGCACCACCAUGUCUGGACUCGUAAAGAAAAUUUCGACACUUACAGACAGUGAAACAUCACCUGUAGCUUACUGAGAAAAGCAAUGGGUCCUUCUCACAGAAGUAUGGAAUCCCCAGACUCAAAGUGAAAACUCUUUAGAACUGUUCUUCAAAGUCAUCUGUUACCAAGUAGCUGGCAGGCACAGAGUGAAGACAGGCCCUGCCUGGUGGCUCUGUUGAGGAGAACUGUAGACACUCUGAGCCCUGAAGAUGUCUCCUCAACAGGGAGGCUUCUUAGUCCAGGAACCAGGGUUCUUCUGGCUUUAUCUGCUUCCUGUCUGUUUCCAAUCUGUCUUCCAUACAAACUCACCCAAUAUACAUCUCCCGGUCCCUUUCCUUCAUUAGGCUCCACUAUUUAUCUUCACCUGUUGGUCCCCUUCAACUUAGUAUCUUUUUUGGCCUUUGUCCUUUUUUCAAUCUCCCUUCUUAUUUUUAAGCUAAUUUGAUAGAAAAGCUCCAGAGUUCUCUAGGCUUCCACAGCCUGCCCUGACCUUUGGAAGCCCACCCCAAACAUCAUGGUGAUAUGAAUAUAGUUACCCAAUAUCCCAAUUCGCUCACCUGCUUAACAUUAACUCCUUCAUAUUCCAUUUUGAAAGAUGAAUUACACGAUUCCCCUCGCCAUGUUAAACCUAUGACGCUGUGAGAACUGCAGAGUUCAGCUCAGCAAAUCUGUAGACGUGUGGCCAUUGAGAGAUCUUGCUUUUCACAACCAACCACAUAGGACAACAGGCAAAGAGGCACACUGUUCACACUUUCUUAGAGUCUGUAUAUGGAAAAUGACUCACUCGUGUGGCGUGACAUAGUAAAUUAGUAUGAGCAGUUUCACAUCAAUGAUGUUUGGAAUAUCCUACGGGCUGUAAUAUUGCAAUAUAUAAGCACAUGCUAUCCUACUAUCUUCAAAAAAAUGAGUUACUUUAAUUGCAUGUGCUAGAGAAAAGCUAUCAUGUUCAUCAAAUGAAUAGGCGUCUAGUGAAUCCUGAGCUAAUAGCCCAUAAGCAGGUAGAUGUAACUCUCACAUCGCUCAGCUCUAGCGCCUGCACCCUGGACAUUCUUGCUUUGGUCUGGACUGCCAGGACCUGCUUUGCACUUUCUCCUGUAGAUCUAUCUGUAGUUAAGGGAACACCAAGGGGUCAUUGGGGUGGUCGCGGUUUUCACUUUGAGUUCCAGUUAUUACAUAGCUGGGUUUUGACUAAGGGUAGAACAAAAACCUGUGCAGAAGGUAGUUGUUGAAGAGUGAGAACAACUGGGGGUGGAGGAAGACCCCAAAGUUCCCAUUGAAACCAUACAGUGUUAUAGAAGGCUCCUCCCUAGGGCAUACCAAUGAGCACGGGGCAUCCUCCCUAGUGCAGUCUCAGGAUGUAAUUGUGAGAGUCCCUUGAUGGUUCUGCACAACUCUUGUCUUAUCAAUAUGCCCCAGUGGUCUGCUACUUUAGGAAUCUCUAGGUGUGCACAAACUAACCUUUUCUAUUUCUAAAGAGUUUUCUACAUGUAUCAGAUUGCUCAGAAUAAAGUAUAUAUUAGACUUGUUUUGGUAAAGAAAUAAACUCUACCUGGAUAGUAUGGAUUAAAAAUAUGAAAAUAUGUAAGAACACAAUGUAUCUCUAUACCCUUACUGUGUAACUCAGAAAUAAAAUUAGAUUCUGCA